UUCGGUUCAGUAUAGUUUUCGCGAUGGCUGCGUCGAGUGCUGACAGCGUCACCGAGCUGUUGGAGAAGAUCCUCAAGAUCCUGAGGGAGGAGCACGCGUUCGAUCGGUCCGGCGAUCAGCCCGUCGUGCAAUUCGUCCAUCCCAAUGAUUUGCAAGGCAUGAUGCCUCUUUCUCUGAACGAGGAGCCAGCGAGCGACGAGGAGAUCGAAACGGUGAUACGGCAGGUCGUGCGCUACUCCGUGAAGACGUCCAGUCCGCAUUUCCACAACCAACUUUACGGAGGCGUCGACGGGUACGGGCUGGCCGGCUCCUGGUUGACGGACGCCCUCAACACCAGCCAAUACACCUACGAGGUCGCCCCGGUGUUCACGUUGAUCGAGCGCGAACUGAUCGAGAAGACGUUGGCGUUGCUGGACUACCCGCCGAUGCCGCAGGCCGACGGUGUGAUGAGUCCGGGUGGCAGCAUAUCGAACAUGUACGGCAUGGUGCUGGCCAGGUACAAGUUGUUACCGGGCGUGAAGAAAACGGGACUCGGCGGCUUCCCACCUCUGGCGUGCUUCUCCAGCGAGAGCGGUCAUUACUCGAUUAUGAAAGGUGCCCAUUGGUUGGGCAUCGGCACCGAUCAUGUCCACAAGGUCAAGACGGAUGCGCUGGGUCGUAUGGAACCGAGCGACCUGAGGAGAGCCAUAGCGGAGGCGAGGAAGCAGCAUCAAGUACCGUUCUUUGUGAACGCCACCUGCGGUACCACAGUACUCGGCGCUUUCGAUCCGCUGGUAGAAAUCGCCGCGAUCUGCCAAAACGAAGGCCUCUGGCUGCACGUUGACGCCUGUUACGGCGGUAGCCUGCUGCUCUCGGACAAGUACCGGCACCAGCUGCGAGGCAUCGAAUUAUCUAACUCGGUGUCCUGGAAUCCGCACAAGAUGCUUGGCGUGCCGCUCCAGUGCUCUUUCUUUCUGGUCAAAGGCGAGAACGCCCUGCAUGAGGUCAACUGCGCCGGGGCGAAGUAUCUUUUUCAGCAGGACAAGUUUUACGACGUCACGUGGGACACGGGGGACAAAAGCGUGCAGUGCGGCAGGAAGGUCGACGCCAUGAAAUUCUGGCUAAUGUGGAAAGCCCGUGGCACGAAGGCUCUCGCGUGCUCGGUGGACCAGGCGAUGAUCUGUAAGGAUUACUUUUUGAAACGCAUCAAGAACAUCGCCGGCUUCCGCUUGGUAUUACCCGAUUACGAGUGCACCAGCGUGUGCUUUUGGUACAUACCUCCGAGUAUGCGUAAGCAGCAAGAAACUGGAGAUUGGUGGGGCAAGUUGUACAAAGUCACGUCGAAGAUAAAGGAACGCAUGAUCUUGGAAGGAUCUCUCAUGAUCGGUUACACGCCUCUGCCGGCGAAGAACAUCGGCAACUUCUUCCGCAUGGUGAUAUGCUGCCAACCACCGCCCACGGAAUCGUCCAUGGAUCAUGUCAUCAGCCAAAUCGAAAAAUUCGCGUUGGAUCUGCGGAUAAGCGAUCUAUAAGCCUCCGCAAUCUCUAUUUAUAAUCUUAAAGUAUUCAAUAUUCAUAAACUUUCAUAUCUGAACUAUUUAAUAUAUGUUAUAUA